GAUGCAUCGUUGCUUGUUUCCCAUCACCAACUACAUUUAGCAAUAAACAAAUUUUAAGGCCAUUUUGCAGGAAAACAAAUGCAAAUGCAGGGAUUCUAGCUGCACAGAGACGCGUCGGAACAGCAAGCAAACACGCAGGACGUGUGGCCGCGGGACAAGAUGCUGGGCAAGUGCUGCAUGGGGACGCUCUGGCCUUUGGCCAUGAUGGUGGCCUUUUGCGCUGCCUACAAAAACGUUCGCCUCCAGGACAACAUGUGCUCGGACAAGCUGUUCUACACGCUGGCCAAGCCCUUCCGCGGCGAUCCCACCGUGCGGCUGGAGUUCGAGGACACCUCGGGGGCAAUUGUGACCCAAAUGUGGAACCUGACACUGCCCCACGGCCAUGUGGCCAACAAGAUCAAGUACGACUGCCAGUUCCGGGUGGUGACCAGCGAGCGGCCGCCGCGCGGCAUCUACACCAUCAUCACGCGGCUCAAGUUCCGGCGCGAUCCGGUGUCCAAGGAGUGCAUCGACUACAUCCAGUUCAGCAGCGGCAACCGCUCGCCCAGCGAACGCAUCUGCACGGAUAUCUCCAUUGAUGGGCCCGCUGGACGGCUGAUCUUCGACCAGCGCGACCGCGAGGUCAACGUGCACAUCUUCAUCGAUCGAACGCGCCACAUUCUCGGCGAUCCGCUGGAGCUGCGCAUGGUGCUGACCGCCCACUCCGAGUGUCAGUUUAAUGGGGACUUUCUCUGCGAUCCCGGCGACCAGUACUCGUGCAUCUCGCGGCACUUUGUGCGCGACAACAUCACCAACUGCCUGUAUCCGUGCCGCGACGAGGGCACCUGCUUCCACGACGCCAUCGCGCCCGAGGAGAUCGACACGGCCAACGUGGCCAUUUCGGCGCUCACCUCGCUCAUCUUCACCAUGCUGGGCGUGGGCUUCUGCGUGUGGAUCUGCUGGAAGUACUGGAACUGCAUAACAGUGCAGCAGCGGGCGCACGAGGCCUCCGCCGCCCGCUUCAAUCAGCGGCGAGUCAGGUCCGAUGUGCCCACCAUUGAGCUGCCACCAGCGGUCCAGUACGAUGAUAGCGUGCUGCACGAGCACGAUGCACAGCAGCAACAGCAGCCGGCCACGCCAAAGGAUCUGCCGCCCAGCUACGAGUCCCUCUUCCCGGAAAGAUAAAGAUCCGCUCCGCUUUGUGCCAGAUCAGCAAGUUGUAACUUGGUACCGCACACACUUGUUGUAUUAGUCCUAUUAGGUAAUUGUAUCUCUAUCUGAACAGAUCAGCAUUCCAUGUAAAUAUGUUAGGACUGAUUUUAUGUUUUGUGAUUAGCGUUAGCGAUCAAAUGUUCACUCGGAACCAAAUCCAAAUCACAGAAUACUCACAACCUAGAAUUUCCACAGUUUUACUGAUGUAUAUAUUUAAGUUUUAUGUUCUUCAACUAUCCGUAUUAUUUGAGUAUUUUGUAACUGUUGAGGCCGCCUUUUGGCGAUGCAAGUUGUUUACUCACUGAUGAAAUCUCACUGGUAUUAUCGUACUCCAUGAAAUUAUAUCAAUUAUUUACCUAGGCAGCAAUUAUUUAUAAGCAAAAAGCAAAUGCGAAAGCCACACAGUACUAGUCUCUGUAUUAGCUAGCGUAAAUAUUCCAAGGGCCGGCCAGGACCUUCUUGGCGGAGCACUCCACAUAGUUGUACCUGUUUCUGUACUGCAUAGUUAUAUGUUAUGUAUUUGUACGCAUAGAAUACCACGCGCUUGUAGAUGUCUUUGUUGUGUGCUGGCUGAAAGUGUCAAUUGUUCAACCCAGAGUAUAAUAUGUAGGCACACACGCUCACGAGAUUAUGUACGCGAACAACAGUAUUUACUCCAAACAUGUAACUGCAAUGUAAGUGAGAGGUCAGUAGGUCUUAAGCCAAUUAACUCAUAUGUAUACACACGCAACUCACUCAAAUACGUAUAUUAACUGAUAAAUAAACCAACUAAAUCUCA